AGCAUCGGUUUCAUCAACAUUAGUACUUUGUUGCAAUUACUCGUGUACUAACUUAGAGGGGCGGGACUAGUUGUCACAAGUGUAGCACGUGGGCCAGGCACGUCACAGCCGACGUGCGCCACCAGCACUCAAAUAUGAAUUAAACAGUUAAUGAUCGCUGAUAUCGUCGCAGACGCCGAACGCUCGUCUCGUAGUCGGUUGCGUAGCGAUAGUUUUUCUCGCGUCGCGCGUCAGUCGCGUCACAGGGUGAGAUCGCACGGAAGCGAAGGUUGCGCCCGUGACCGCGCCCGCCCGCCGCCGCCGAUAACGGCCACCCGCCGCAGUCGCGCAGUAUCGCGCCGCGCUCGCUGAUCCUCGGAGCUCGACCCCCGCGCGGAGCCCGCUCGCCGCCUGGAGCACGAGGACCCUGUGUAGUGAUGUGCCCGCGUCCAUGCCGCCGAUGAUGUGUGGGCGGCGAGUGAGUGAAGUGAGAGUAUGCGCGCGAGGUGACGCCAGGCCCCGGCCGACGCGACCGUAGCCCGACAUGUGGACACUGCUGCUGCCGCUGCUGGCGGUGGUGGCGCUCGCCUCCGGGGCUGCCUUCACCCCCGACAGGGACUUGCUAGAGUGUGCGAGCCAGAUCCUGUACAUGGACCAGCAUGUAUACGAUAUUCCAAAAAGCUACAACAGAAACAUUCCACCCGAUAAAAACACGACAGUUUACGUUGGGGUGAAUGUCAAUCGGGUAUCUGGAGUAGAUGAGAAUAAAGAGGAGAUAACACUAGACGUGUUCCUGCAAGUAUCAUGGGCAGACAGCAGGCUGCACGUGCCACCAAACAUGCCCUUCAUCGACCUACCGUGGGAGUUCCGCGCCCUCAUCUGGACACCAGACCUCUACAUCUGGCAGCUCCAGACCAUGAGGAUACUCUCCGUCCUCCAGGAGAUGGCGUCACUGCGCCUCUACUCCAACCGCACCGUCUCAGUCAGUAUUGGUGCGACAAUAACAAUUAAGUGCGAGAUGGACUUCGUUCUGUAUCCCCUGGACGUGCAGAACUGCGCCAUCGACUUUAGCAGUUACAAAUACACGACGCAAGACGUGCGCUUCGAGUGGCGCGAGGUCGCGCCGUGGCUGGGCAUCGGCCCCGUGGGCAGCGAGCAGCGCAGCCAGUUCCGUCUGCCCAAAUAUGUGGUCACCUUCGUCACGGACAAAAGUAAUCAUAUUCGCAAUUUUGGUGAAGGGGAGCACUCGGCGGCGCGGCUGCAGAUCAAGCUGUCUCGGGAGCUGCGCAGCUACCUGCUGGAGAGCUACCUGCCGUCCUCGCUGUUCGUCAUCAUCUCGUGGGGCAGCUUCUGCGUCAUCCCGGAGAUAGUGCCCGGCCGCAUGGUGCUGCUCGUCACCACGCUGCUCUCACUCGUCACCAUGUUCGAUACAGUCAGCACAAACUCGCCAGACGCGCUUGAGCUGAAGUGUAUCGAGGUGUGGUUGAUAUCAUGCACGAUAUUCGUGUUCCUGGCGCUGAUGGAGUACUUUGUAGUGUUGUUCGGUAUCCGAUACGACAAGAGCUGGAGUCGACGGCGAGCAGACCUGCGCCGAGCCGCCUCCGCCGCGCAGCUUGCGCCGCCGCCUCUACACAUCAACCACUCGCAGAGGCUGAGCACGCCGGUGACGGGCACGCCGCAGGGCGGGGUGUUCUCACCCACAUUGAGCGUCGAGGAUGACGGCUUCAAGCAACAGAUGGAACACCAAACCAUUCAGAGGGACUCCCCGAUACUGGAGUCGAUGCCGUCGGGCGGCGGCGGGCCGAGCGGCGCGGUGGCGCGGCUGCGGCAGGCGGUGGACCGCGCCGUCAUGUUCUGCGGCGCGCAGCACGGCGCGCUCGACAAGUUCGCGCUCAUGGUGUUCCCCAUGUGCUUCUGUCUGUUUACCGUCAUAUACUGGACCACAUACCUCAGUGAGGCGCACCGCGCCUCGCGGCUCAAGUGACCAUACAAGUGACAAGUUCUCGCACGGUUACAUCACCUACUUGUGAUUACAGUGCCUAUGCAGACGUUGUGACGUUGUUGUACAUAUUAGACGAAUUACUAGUCAAAUUAUAAAUAUAAACGUGUGACCCUCUAUUUGUAAGUCAAAGCCUUUAAAUACUUAAUGAACAAGGAUGAACAUUUUAGCGGGAAGUCGAGAUUCUUCGUGAGCGAAAAUGCAAUUGUAAAAGUUCCAAUGAAGUUUGUUCAUAGUGUUCUUAAAAUUAGAGCUGUAAAUGUGCCUUGUAAGAAUACGGUUUCAAUUUUAUAAGAUUGAGUACUGUGACGCUAGCAAAUUCUAAAAUUAUUAGAUAUCUUAGAAAUGCUCAGAACAAAGAAAUCAAUUCGUGAGAUUUAAAAUCGUAUAGCACAAUAUGAAAAAGAAAGAUAUCGUUAAGUACGUAAGCGGGCAGCAUGGGGACCACAGUUAAGCUCAAUAGUACAAAACUAUUAUAAGAAUAAUGCCUUUUCUGACUCGGGUGCCUUUUGCCUUGUGUUUUUCCAACGAAUUUUGAUGAAGAUGAUUUUCUCUGUCUACUUAUACUCGAAACAAAUGUCUUAUGCAACGAAUACGCGUAACAUGGAGUGUUUCUAUACUGCUUGUCUAUUGCGUCUCCUGAAUACUUAUACUUAAUAGUUAGUUUCUAUAAACCUUUUCUUGUUUUCGUUUUUAAUGUAAUUUUUUAGUCAUAACUUUGUAAUCCUUGUUUCCUUUUUAUUUUUUGAAAGCCAUUUUCCGUAUAAAUUAGAUCAUGUCUGUAAUUGAUCCCAAACUCGUAAAUGGCAUUUAGACAAAUGCCUACCGGUAGGUGUACAUUGUAAUAUAAUGUAUCAUAAGUCUAGCAAGUAAAUACUUAAUGACUAAGGCCUGAUAAUACCGAUAUCAUAGAGAUCGUAGUGCUCAUUUAGUUGUAUUAACUUAUUAUAAAUUAGCUUAUAGGUUGUCAUCCUAAGAUAAUUUUAUACCUUACACAUGUUUUAGGGAUUAAUUUUAUGGAAACAAAAAGUUGUGUAUAAUUUAAUAUUUCAUUGCAACUAGUUAUGAACAGUCGAUUAUGCCGUUUUCGCACUAUUUUAGUCAAGUAGCGAAUAUUUAUAUUAGCUCUUUAUGCUUCGAUUUUGGGAUAGAGGCGAAAGAGAGCUACUAUGUACUUACUCGCUACUAAAAUACUAGUAAUGCGAACGAGGCAUUGAACCUAGUCACACUUUGAUAAAUUUUGAACUCCAAAUGUUCAAUCGUGUUUAUGUCUACAGGUACACUUUUAAUUACUCCCAGUAAUAAAUAGGAACCUUCAAGAAAUAUUUGCCUUAUUAUUUAUGGUUAAUCACGCAAAUCAGCAAGAGAGGUAGCUUAGUUCCGUACCUACUCGCUAAUUUGAUUUUAAUUGAAUCGACUUUCUAUGUCUAUCAUAUCUACAGUACCUAGGUACCUAACAAUUGUCAAUUUUAAUAAUUAGGUAUUAUACUAGCUUCGCGAGGCGCGUUCAAUUUUUAUUAUCAAAGUGUGGCCAACAGAAAUCAGUAAAUUGCCUAAUACGUUAUUAAAAAAAUAUUUUCUGUAAUUUGUUCCAUCUAGUCACAUGCGGUUACCAUAAUAAUAAUUUAUAUUGCAUACAUCAUUAUUUCAUAUUUAAGUUCAUAUAUUAAACGCAGCACAAAUCUGUUUUACGCACAAAGUGUUUCAUCUAAUCAUUUCACAAUCUUGUUCCCAGUAUAGUUGUAAGUUAAAGUUACUAAGUACUUAUAGUUUAAGGACGAAGCAUCGUGUGAUAAUAAGAUGAAUCAUUAGUUAUCGGUUUGUUAUUGUUUUUUCAUACCGCCACAGACGUGUACUUUGUAUUGUACACCGAAUUUGGGAAAAAAUAGUAUAUUGCUGAACAGACGACACUCCUCAGGGCUGUUAAAAGCUCCCUGUCUAUCUAUACUUGGGUCAAAAUCAAAGUGAAAUCUUUUGUAAACAAACCACAAAGGUAAGAUUAAAUCUGUACCCUUACUUACGUUUAUCGAAAUCGAAACGAGACCGCGUUCGACGCUCUGAUUGGUUGGUUAAUUCACACCGGCCAAUCAGAGCGCCGAACGAGCUCUCGUUUCAUUUUCGUUCAAGGUAAAGCAAAACUUGUACAUAGGUCGCACACUUGUAGAGUGUGAAUUGUCACCCAAUAAAGUGGAAAUUGAAGAAACGAAGUUUUAUCCUUAUGGUUACAACAAACAUUUCACAUCGAAAGCACUGUUAUUGUUAAAAGUGGAUGGAUCGAUCGUUUGAUACUAAGUUUAUUUAAAAAAUAAAACUGCUUCGGAUCUUAUGUUUAAAGAUAAAAUCAAAGCAUAAAUUGUAAAAUGCGAAAUGCUAAUAAUUCAGUGUUAAUACAUUGUGCACACUGUGGCGGAUAAACAUACCUAACUUCUUCACUUACUGAACAAAUUUGUGCCUUUUCAGUCAUUUACUUGCCUAAAUUAAGACAUAGGGUUACGCUUGUGAUUCAUAUCUGUUAUCUAAACUAAACUGUGGAAAGGCAGUAUUAAAAACCUUACAAAAAUCUUAGGCAAUACAUAAUAAUAAUUAUUAAGUGAAUUAAAAAAAAUAAUGAAAUAAAAGACAUUAUUUUAAAUCAUU